GUGUGUGUACAUACGCGGGGAGAUCGGGGGCAGGGCACUGAAAGCGGAGAAUAAAAGCUGCGCACAAAAGCGCCUCCUUAACAAUCAGAAAAUCAGGCAAGAAGCAAGUAUCUGCAAGUAUAUAAUCUACUUCUUGUCAGCUUUCCAGUCGUUUUUAGAGCAUUUAUUGCAUAGUGAGGGAGCGUGUAUCUGGACAGCUUAUGGAAACAUACCUUACACAAGACUUAUCCAGUGUUGCUCCAGGGCGCCAUCUUCUGAGUAGACAGUGAUACUGCAUCCCUGUCCCAAGUCAAGUCAAGUCAAGUCAAGAAAGACGAGAAUGGCAGCUCUGUGGGCCGGAGAUGACACCGAAAUGGCUAUGCAGCCAUAUGCAAACUGGGAGGAGUACCUGAUGAAUGUUCCACUCGCUGUAGCCAUUCUGGGUGAGCUGGUCUCUGUCUCCCCUACUUUAGAUUUCUCCAUUGACCCUCCAGAGGGUGGCUUUAAGUACAUCAAGUACCCAGACUCGUUCCAUGCCUGUCUAAUGCAAGUGGCUAAUUCUGGAUGGACGGCAUUCAGUGAGGCUCACAAGAACAUGGAGCAGAUCCAUCUUCAGGUUGCCAAACUGCCAGUUUACAUAGAGAAGGCAGUCAGUCAGAUCAGUGAAGAGCCGCUCCAAAAUCCUCCCUCUGAGCAAAAGGAGAACGCAGCUACUAUAUCAGAAGACUGCAUCAAGCUAGCCAGGCUUACACAACAGAACAUUACCCACGUCAAAAACCUGACUGAAGAACUGUUAGAAGCAAGCAUCCGUGCAAAAAGGGAACAUGCACCACAAAUGGUUCAGUGUAGCUUAGAGGAAUCUGUGCAGGAAGCCGUUUCAUAUGUCAUAAAAAAUGAAUUGGGCAAGAUUCUAUUUGAGGACAUGGAUAAUUGGAUAAGUAACGCAGAAAACAUUAUACAGAGAGCAGCAGAAUUACACCAAGAAGAACCAGUAAUGCGUCUCAUGUGUGCAGCAGCUCCGGCUAUAGAAAAGGAAAGUGAGGAUUUAUCUUCUGUGUGUAAUGUGUAUUCCAAAGCCAGGCCGCUUGUGCGUUUGGCCGAGACGCUGAGCGAUUUUGUUGAUGAAAAAGAAAUUAAAUGGUCUGAUAUCACUGAUCAAAAGCAAGGGCAAGCAAAGAUAUCAUACCUGGUGGAACAAUGUGAGCAGAUUAAAACAUCCGUGGAGAGUGAAGAAGACUGUAAUGUAAAAAGCACUGCAAUCGACAUAUGCAAGGAAGCUAUGGACCUGUGUUCUGAGCUCAGCAUGAUUGGAGGUGACCUUAAAGGGAAGUGUGAAGACAGCAAGACAGAAGAAAUCAUGGCAAGAAUACAAGCACUGCUGACAAGAGCUCAGAAAUUUGACCUUGAUAGACAAGCACUGCAAGAAAGUAUUAACCUUGCACCGCAACUUCUACAGCAUGUUGAAUGCAGCGGGAAGGUAACUGCAGGCAAAAUGCUGAAGGAGAAUAUCCGUCUUCGCAUAGAGCAGAGUCGAGUCCAGCUGAACAAGGUGAGACAGCUGCAACAACAGAGUUUGGAAAACCUGGAGAAAAACCAGAAGGAGCUGACAGAGAUCUUAACUACAACAAGUCUUGAUGUGAAAGACAAUGAUUUCGACACAAUGGCUUGCAUUCUUAGCAAGUGUCAAGAUGCCAUGGCAACAGUGAAACAAGCAUGGGAGAAGAUGGUGGAUUCAGCUGAGCUCAUGUCAAAGAACAUCCAGUCUUGUCUUCAUGUUAUGCCCCAAGAACUUACAAAAGAUAUGUCAAGCUCUAGAAAAAUGCUUAUAAAAGAUGCAAUCUACCAGCAAGCCUUCUAUGCAUCCAAUGUAGCCAGCAUGAUUAGCACAAUCUCUGGGACCUACGUUGAGGUUUCUGAGAAGCACCUGAUGGACACGAUCAGCAGCCUGGGCAAACUCAUGGCUCUGGAUCCCGUCAGCCCAGAUUUUUUGAAUGAGCGCCAAAAAAUUCGAAAUGCCUGUAAAACAGCUCUGUCUUCCAUAACAGAUCAUGUGAAGACGACAAAUGAGCAAUCUUAUCAAAUGGCAGAAGACAAGCUGAAACUAAUCGAAAUCGAAAUGAAGUCUCUCUCAGCUCCAAAAUCUGCGGAAAAUAUAAAAGAGAUCAGAGAAAUUAUAGAGGCUGUAUUCAUGUUGGAAGCUGAUAAAUAAGUUCUUCCCUUGAAGAGGCUUAAGACAGUAUCUACCAAAGUUUAGUGAAAAUGGCACAUGUAAACCUCCAAUGAAUACUAAAUGAAAUACAGAUAAUUCAGAUAUUAUGCUUGUAUGUGUCCAUCCAUCUUCCAAACAGUUAUCCUGAUAAUGGUUUAAAGAUAAAACAUUCAUAUGAUGCAUGAAAAUGAACAUGCUUUAUUGAUCAGAACCUACAACAUCAUCAGAAGUUACCACAUUACUUGGGUAAUAUUGAUCAUAUUACAUGUUUCUGCUAUGAGAUUAACUUUGUAAAGCAAUUAAUUCAAAUAAGUAAAAUUUCGUUCAAGGAAAUAGACUCUCAAAGCAGUCAGUCAAACUAAGCACAUGAGUUUCAAGGUUUUUCCAGUUAAAGUGGCAGGUUUGAAGACACCGUGAGUCUGUGACACCAAGCAAGAUCAACACAGCUUCUGAAGUCCAGGGGUGGAGAUCCGCGUACAGGAGAGACCUGGAGUCAGACUGACCUCACUGUCAAAGGUCAAGGAAGAAGACGACGUCGACCCAGGGGUCCCACCCAAGAUCUUCACUGGAUACAUAUUUCGUAUUAAGUAAUCAUGUGUAUGCAUGUUUGAGCAAAAUCAUAUAUACAUAUACUUUUAUUUGCUAAAAUACAAUUGUUAGUAUACCAUAGUAUACCACCAUAACAUUUUAUUAAUGGGCACUUGUAUGUCAACCAGCUUGUAACAGGGGAAUGUAUUUUAACGACGUAGAGCAAAGUGACCGGAUCGGGAAGCUUGAGCCACCUCAGGGCAUCCAUUACUGUCUCUGCUAAUAAAGCACUGGGAUCCAGCCACACACUACUUUCCUGUGUUCUUUACAGAGCAGUUACUGAUUCAUUUUGGAGGCUAGGUACAGUGCUGCUUACUUUACUAUUAAUAUGCAAAGUAUCGUCUUAUUUGUGCAAUUUUGGUAUAGCAGAGAAAACAGAAUUUGUUCUGAGAUUAUUAUUAAAUGACCAAGCACAACUGAGAAAACGUGUAAACCAAACGCACUGCGUACAUCGACGUGUCUAAAUAACAAGGCAGGCUAAUUUAUACGUUGUAAAAAGAUAUAUAAAAUUCCUACUCAAAAAUACAAAAUCAUCGCAAUC